AACAAUAAAAAAAACUCUUAAAAAUGAAAUUCCUCAUCUGCUUGGCUCUUCUCUUCGCCGUCGCCCAGGCUAACCCUGGUAUUGUGGCACCUUUGACCUACUCGGCUGUGCCCACCGUAGCCACCUAUGCUGCAUCCCCAUAUGCCUACAGCGCUUACGCCGCACCUGCCGUUGCCACCUACUCACACGCCGCUUACUCCGCCCCAGCUGUGGCCACCUACUCACACAUUGCUGCGCCAGCUGUUUACAGCGCUCCGGUGGCCCGUGUUGCCGCUGUGGCUCCCGUUGCACGUGUAGCUGCGGUUGCUCCAGUCGCCUACUCCGCUCCAGUCAUUUCCACACUUCUAAAGAAAUAA